AUGGUCACCAUCCGAUUGUGUUUCACCGCCACCGUGGCAUUUCUCGUUGUCGCGAUCGGCCUCAAAGUCGCGUCCUCCAUGAAUAAUAUCGUGUGGGCCAUGAAGAGCUGUCCGGUGGAUCGGAUGUACGAUCCGGAAGGGCGGUUCUGCAGACCGGCCGGGACGGGCGUUGACGAGUACGAGCAGAGGUUGAUGAAUCGACUGCGGAGCGGAUUUCGGAUGGCAGCCAAUGUGCGGUUGAAGAGUAUCUACGAGUGGCCGCCGUAUUGCUUCUCCACGGAUGUGCUAGUCGACGUGCCCGCCGAGGAGGUGCGUGGGCUGAUGGAGGCGCACCAGUCGCAAAUCUUGUUGCCAAUGGACUACUGGUUCGACCUGACACCGUCCGAUGAGCUGGUGGCCCAGACGUGCCGGCCACGCGACCAGUACUGCGGUCGGGGUAAUUACACGUGCGUCAACAAGUGCGGCCCCGUCGGAUUUAUAUUCGUCGAUGACUCCAUUAGCUUGAGUGAGAUGCCGUUCACGUUGUCCGCCUAUGAAACAGACCCGGAAGGAAGGCCGGUGGGCCGGUCGAACAACACGGUGCUACAGAACUACGACAGACACUCGUGUGCAGGCGUUAUCAGCUUAAUUGAUGACAGGUUCAUGUUGACCAUGGAUGGCAACCUUUUCCUUAUCCACGAAGGCGACAAAUGGAUCUUACCGGCAAAGGACUUCUGCUUGGAAUAUUUAACCGAGGGCGGGACACCCGCCGUUCUGAGGGCGUUCCUGUGCACGAAUGCCAAACCACCGGUCAGUUUCCUCUUUUGGGUUAAAACCCUGUCUGUAGUGUGCCUGGUGCUCACUCUGAUCGUGUACUCCACACUGCCUUACCUCCGGAAUACCCACGGCUACUACGUCAUGUUCUACAUGGCAUGCCAGCUCGUGUACUUCGUUCUCGAUUUGAUCUAUGAUUUGGUACAAGACGACAUAAACAACCCGUUGUGCAUUCCAUUUGGUAUGUCUUAUCUGUUUUUUUUUUUUUGA